GGCGGAUUUGGGCGGGAGGGCGCAAGCGCUUCGCGGGAUGCGCUGUGGCGGCGGGUGGCCGGGACCCUCGACACUCCACGGAAGGAACCGCGAGCUUUUACGCGGAAUCAGGAGCCGGUGUAACCCCCGGCGGUGCGCCCCGCCCGGGCGGGCGCCAUGCAUUGCGAGGUGGCAGAAGUGCACUCAGACAGGAGGCCGAAGGAGGCCCUUGGUGCUCCGGUCCCCGGCCGAGGGCCCGCAGGCCUCGACACGCACAUGUCCUUCAGGGUCACCGUGAGUGGCGGCGGCUGCGGGGAUGGGGACCCGCGUGACCUGCUGCCCCGGCCGCCUGCACCGCCGCCAUACGCACACGACCUCCUCCGGCCUCGAAGCCCCCGGGACUAUGGUCUGUCCAAGACCGCCGCUGUCGGGAAGGUGAAUGGGAGCUACAGCCACUGCACCCCAGGCUCAGAGAAGAGUCUGCUGGACCUGGACCUUGCUGAGGGUCCCACCUGCCACCAGGCCCUGUUUCUCCCUGCAGGAACCCUGCCAGCCCGGGGCCACCCUCCAGCCUGCGAGAGGCUGCUGCAUUUCCCCCACCCUAGCAGGUCACCCCAAUCCCAGGCCACAUAUGUGAAUGGCAGCCUCCCGGCCACACAGCAUAUCAAGCAGGAGUCCCUGCCUGACUACAGGACCAUGACAGAAGCUUGCGCCCCCCAGUCUGCCCACUGUCGGGCCCUGCCAGUGACCGACCUACACACAGACCUGGACCUCCCAGGCAGAGGCCUCUCCAACCCUGCACCUUCCUGCUACCUUCUGGGCAGUGAACCCAGCUCCAGCCUGGGCCCCCAGCUUGAUGCCCAUCUCUCUGAGGACAGCCUGAAGCGCUGCUGCCUCUUGGGCCUGCCCCCGGCCUCCUCAGCUGCCUCCUCACCAUGUGCUUCCUCUGACGUCACCUCCAUCAUCCGCUCCUCCCAGACAGCUCUAGUCACCUGCAUAAAUGGACUCCGGAGCCCCUCUCUGCCAGGAGACCUGGGGGGCCCUCCCAAGAGGGCCCGACGCAGCCCUGCAACCAUGGAGAGCCGCGAGGGCAGUUUGCAACUUGAAGCCUGCCGAAAGGCUGGCUUCCUGAAGCAGGAGCCUGAGGACGAGUUUUCAGAUCUCUUUGGUCCUCUGCAGCAGGGCUUGCCGCCCCCAUACCCACUGUCUCAGUUGCCACCUGGCCCUGGCCUUGGAGGGCUGGGGCUGGGCCUGGCAGGCAGGAUGGUGGGCAGGCGGCAGGCCUGCCGUUGGGUGGACUGCUGUGCAGCCUAUGAGCAGCAGGAGGAGCUGGUGCGGCACAUCGAGAAGAGCCACAUCGACCAGCGCAAGGGGGAGGACUUCACCUGCUUCUGGGCAGGCUGCGUGCGCCGCUACAAGCCCUUCAAUGCCCGCUACAAGCUGCUCAUCCAUAUGAGGGUGCACUCGGGGGAGAAGCCCAACAAAUGCAUGGUGAGUUCCCAAGGCCACCGGGUCACACUGCAACCUAACCAGAAAAGCAGCACCACCUCACUGCCCUGGAAGAGGGCCACCUGGGUCUCCUUACCUGUCUGA